AUGGCCCAACAAAAUGACUCAAAGGUCACAAAUGCGGACGCGCAUUCUGCGCCCGAUUCUGUGAACGCCCCGUCAAAUUCCGAUCCUUCAUCAAAGGACUCGGGAGCUGAUAUGGCGGCGGGCUAUGGGACGCGCUCUCGCAAUAGAGGGGGCAACACCCGCAUUAACUAUGCCGAGGACAAGGACAUCGAUAUGGAUGUCUACGACUACUACGACAGGAAGGAUCAAGACGCAUCUAAGAAAUCGUCGCGAAAAUCAGACGUUGCCUCAAAUGGCGACGGUGCGACACGGGCACUGGGCUCGCGACGGGCUGCGGUAGAAGAAGCCAAAGCAGUCGGUGCAUCAAGUCAAAAUGGCUCCAAGAACACAGCAUCAAGUGGUGUUGGUGGUGUUGGUGCUGGGGCUGGUGGUGCAUCUCAAGGCGCGCUGGCAUCUGGCGCGGUGCCGGGCUCACGGAAACGCAAAGCCGCGGCGACGCCUGCAGUCUCAACCAGAAAAGCAGGACAGACUGGUCAACUCGAUGGCACGUCUUGGCCAGAUACCAACAUGCUGACUUUUGAAAACUGCAACCACCGCCCGGACGCAAAUGGGCGCAUGGUGGCUGACGAUGGAACAGUGUUGGAACCAAAUGAUCAUGUGUACCUCGUCUGUGAGCCACCAGGGGAACCGUAUUACUUGGGACGCAUCAUGGAAUUUCUACAUACAAAGAGCGAGACGUCAAAACGGGUCGACUCGGUGCGCAUUAAUUGGUUCUACCGACCAAAGGACAUUGGCCGCAAGAACACGGAUACGCGAUUGCUCUUUGCGACUAUGCAUUCCGACGUCAGCCCAUUGACUGCCCUGCGUGGAAAGUGCCAGAUCCUGCAUCGCGUGGAAAUCGACAACCUGGAAGCCUAUCGCCGGAAACCCGACAACUUUUGGUACGAAAAGCUCUAUGACCGAUACAUCCAGAAGAACUACGACCUCAUCCCGACGUCGACUAUUGUCAACGUGCCUGAAAGGGUCAAGAAAGUGCUGGAUGAGCGCUGGAAGUUUGUGCUGGUGGAGCAAGGGCGUGGCAAGGAGCUCACUAGCGCCGUUAAGCUCUGCAAGAGAUGCAGCGGCUAUUGUGCAAGUAAUGACUCGGUUGAUUGUGCAGUGUGUCAGAAUACGUACCACAUGAACUGUGUCAAGCCACCCCUGCUGAAAAAGCCAUCCCGAGGCUUCGCAUGGUCCUGUGCUGCCUGCAGCCGAGCACAAGAGCGCAAGCUGGAGGCUCGCAAUACCCCCAAUGGCACUGAUGCUAAUGGAGACUUUGACGACGAUGAUGCUCUGGAUGACGACGACGACGAGAUCCCUGGUAUCAUCACUGACCGCACAACACCAGUGGACAGCGAAGAGCAUCACCAUGGCACGGCAGAGCAGAUUUACCAAGCCAGUCUUUGGCCGUGGCGGUAUCUGGGCAUGCACUGCAAGCCUGAGGAUGCUCUCGAUUAUGAUGACCGAAUCCAUCCUCGGGCAAGCACACGAAUUGGACCCCGGCACCAAGCUAACGUAAGUGCAUGGCCUGGCCGCCCAGUCGAGUAUGUCAAACCCUUAGAAACAAGAAAGGGUAGAGGAGCCCCGAAAUUGUCCAAAGAAGCUCAAGUCGCCCAGGAGGCUGAGAAGGCACUGCGAACCAAACGACCCAAGUGGGUGCAGGAUGAACCACCUGGCUACCAAGUUCGUGGAGAAGACUUGGAUGAGAAUGAUCCAGCCGCUACUUCCACGCGCCUUUGGGUACCUCCACCUCCGGAUACUAUCAGCGACGACGACAUUAAGGGGUAUAUGACCAAGGCGCAAGCAAUGACGAAGAAGUUCAAUAUCCCAGAGAAUUCUACGAAUCUCCAAGAUAUCGCACUGGAGACAUUAUACCGCCAUAAGUAUGACCCUGUUGAUGCUAUGAAAGCUCUGCCAGACACGAAGCGGGACUUGUUCAAGGAACCGACUUUGACACCCACCGAGCAACGGAAAUUUGAGGAGGGAGUCGCCAAGUACGGCUCCGAGUUACACUCGGUAAUGAAACAUGUGAAAACAAUGACACCUGGUGAAGUAGUACGGUACUACUACACCUGGAAAAAGACCGAGCGAGGCAAACAAAUCUGGGGCUCCUACUCUGGUCGUAAGGGCAAGCGACUGGCCAAGAAGGAAGAAACUGCUGCUUCGAAGGCGGCAGACGAUGUGGCGGACGCGGACGAUGACUCGGCGUUUGACACUGAAAAAGCUGUCGUCCAGAAGAGGGGCUUCAUCUGCCUGUUUUGUGAGACACCAGACUCCCGACAAUGGCGACGAGCACCCGCCAGCCAAGGACCACUUAGCGAAACUGGAGGCAAGGCAGCCACCAAGGACAAGAUCAAUCAGACAGUCGUGGCUUUAUGCAGACGGUGUGCUGAGCUGUGGCGCCGGUAUGCUGUUCGGUAUGAGCCCCCCGAGGAAUUGAUCAAGAAGGCCGGUCAAUCUGGAGCCAAGAUUUGGAAGAAGAAGCAGGAAGAGGAGCUUCUCAAAGAGAUACAGAUUGCAGAAGACAUGGGCCUGAUGACUCCUUAUCGCGGAUCUACACCAGCUGCCUCCUCCAACGGACUAGAGCCGCCUAGAAAGAAAUUGAAAGGUGCACCAGAGAGAGACACCGAUGCGGUGGUCUCGGAUGCGGGAAGCAACACCACAGUCUCAAAGAAGAAGGACAAGACGGCGGACACGACGCCCAUUCCCGAUAUGCCAAAGCCGCGAUUACUCCCUUGUGCUAUUUGCGACCAGAUGGAGCCCCUCGGUGACCAACAUGUAUCUUGUAAGGAAUGCCGCCUGACGGUGCAUCGCAACUGCUACGGCAUUUUGGACAGCCGAGUCCAAGGAAAAUGGAUAUGUGACAUGUGCUCAAAUGACAAGAGCCCACAAGUCUCAAUUCAAUACAAAUGUGUCUUGUGCCCUGUUGAGUACACCGAGCAAGAUUUCAUCGAGCAGCCCAAGCUCACGCACCACAAGAAAAAGAUGUCUGAGAAGGAUCGCGAGCGCGAGAGAGUGGAGGUCCAACAGGCCAGGAAAGCUGCUGAAUUUUACCGCAAGAGACAAGAAGAUCUCAAUCGGCCAGUCAACCCUCGAGAGCCACUCAAGCGAACGGCGGAUAACAACUGGGUUCAUGUCACUUGCGCCGUAUGGACACCCGAGGUCAAGUUUGGCAAUGCAAAGGCUUUGGAGCCAUCGGAAGGCAUCCCGUCGAUCCCGCGCAGCAGAUAUGACGAAGUUUGCCAGGCUUGCAAUCAACAAGGAGGUGCCUGCGUAUCCUGCCACCAAUGUCGCAUACCUUAUCAUGUAGAGUGUGCUCGUCAGCAGGGCCAUCUACUUGCAUUUGACAUUUCGCCUGUGAAAAGUAGUCGUCGCGAUCAGUUCAACAUUGUAACGGUCAAUGGAGAGAGCGGAACCAUGUCGGCUGUGCUUUGGUGCAGAGAUCACAUUCCCACCAAGACCAUAGCGCACAAGAUGUAUGAUGUGGUGCCCGAGUCGGGACUGACCACGAUGCAGCUUUAUGCCCAGAACUAUAAGCAGGCAGACCUAGCCCUGACUGGCACUGUCCGAAAGGCGAACCUAAUGAUGACUGCCGCUAAAAUGUCUGGCCUGCCCUUGGUACCAGCUGCUCGGCGGACGUCUACGACUACAGCGCCGACUACGGCUUCGACAACAGCCGUCGCGACUCCGAAUGGUGCAUCGAAUCAUAGCCGCAAUGGAGGAGAAUCAACAGAAGCAGCGACCAAUGCCCGACAACCUGGCGAGAAGGUGUGCAUUACGUGCGGCAUUGAUGUCACGCCUAGGUGGUGGCCAAUUGACAAUACACAGGAGCGUCAGCUCACGAAUGGACACCACGGCGCUAUUGGAUUUGAAGCGCAGAAGUUUGUGGAACAGCGCAAGUUUCAGUGUCACAAGUGCAAAAAGAACCCCAAGACUCCAAAGACGUUUGUACCGCACCCAUCGCCACCUCCACCGGUGGCAGAGCCUCCCCGACAGCAUUUGUCUGGACCACAUGGCCAAACAGCGGCACCGCCAUCCAUGCGAAGUCCCCCGAGGGCAGCGGCUGCGGAUUAUCGAGCAGCACCUCUGCGUCCUGAAAUCCAUUCAUUGCUACACCAUCCAGCAUCACACGCUCCUCCCCCUCCUGGUCCACCAGCAUCUCAUGGACCUCCUCCCAUGGGCGGUCCUCCUCCACACUCACAGGCACACUCUCUCGGUCCGCGACCUGCGCCAGUAUCUCAUGGCUACCCACAGGUACCACCACCACGGCCAACGUACAGCGACUGGGGAAGUCAACACGGCUCUCCUCCUCGCCACAUCAAUGGAGGGCCUCCUCCACCGCUGCAUAGCACUGCACCGCCCCCAGCGCCGGGCCUUACGGCGCUUCGGCCUCCAUCUAUGUCAGGACCGCCUGCGGUAGCCCCAAUCUCGGUUCCGCAUCACCAUGCUCACGGAUCACCGAUAUAUGGAAGCGCGUUGCCCCCCUCACCCCGACGGCUGAACGGAACGGCAGCACCUCUGGCUUAUGUGCCUCCAUAUGGCAGCGCCGCUGCUCCGGCGCACGCAUCAGCACCGCGGCAUAGUGCCUCUCCAGGCCUGAGUAAUGGGGUGUUACCUCCUAGGUCGGAAGCCUUUUCGCAUGGGCUACAUCCGCAACGGCCCUCGUAUGCCAGCGGCUCGCAUGGCAGCCCGCCCCUGGCUCGAAGUGGCCUCCCUCCACCUGGGGGACCAGCACCGCCUCCUGCCCAUGAGCCAACCCAUUCAGCAGGCGGACUGGGACAUCGACCUCCGGACAACAGGCCAGCUAGCGGUGCAAGCGCAAGUCCAUCGCUACGAAACUUGCUUUCGUAA